UAGGCAGGACGCGGCCUAGCGGCGGAGAGUGGAGACCGGGCGGCCGGGGGUCGAGACAGCGGAGCCGGAGGCCAGGGGACCCGGGGGUGGGGGGAGCGCAGAGCGCCCCAGCCCACCCUGCCCGCCGACAGUCACCGAGGAUGACGGAGCUGAAGUCGCCGUCCGACACCUACAAGGGCUGGCUCUUCAAAUGGACCAACUACAUCAAGGGCUACCAGCGCCGCUGGUUCGUGCUCAGCAACGGGCUGCUCAGCUACUACAGAACCCAGGCGGAGAUGGGCCACACCUGCCGCGGGACCAUCAACCUGGCCACGGCCAACAUCGCGGUGGAAGACUCGUGCAACUUCGUCAUCUCCAACGGCGGCGCGCAGACUUACCACCUGAAGGCCAGCUCGGAGGUGGAGCGGCAGCGCUGGAUCACCGCCCUGGAGCUGGCCAAGGCCAAGGCCGUCCGCAUGCAGGCCGAGUCAGAUGACUCGGCGGACGAGGAGCCGGCCUCGCAGGCGGACAAGACGGAGGUGCAGAACACGCUGCGGACGCUGGUCUGCAAGGUGGAGGACCUGUCCACCUGCAACGACCUGAUCGCCAAGCACGGCACGGCCCUGCAGCGCUCCCUCAGCGAGCUCGAGAGCCUGCGGUUGCCCGCCGACAGCGGAGAGAAGAUCAAGCAGGUCAACGAGAGGGCCACGCUCUUCCGCAUCACCUCCAACGCCAUGAUCAACGCGUGCCGGGACUUCCUGCUCCUGGCGCAGGGCCACAGCCGCAAGUGGCAACGGGCCCUCCAGCACGAGCGGGAGCAGCGGAUCCGGCUGGAGGAGACCCUCGAGCAGCUGGCCAAGCAGCACAACAACCUGGAGCGGGCCUUCCGCGGGGCCACCCUCCUCCCGUCGAGCACCGUCCCCCACGCCGGAUCCGCCAAGGGGAGCGGGAACAGCCGGGAUCUCAGCGACGAGGAUGACGAGAAUGAAUUCUUUGACGCCAUGGAGGACGUGGCAGAGUUCAUCACUGUUCAGGCCGAUGCCCGAUACCACAGGCGGACCGGCAGCAACAUCAGUGGUGCCAGCAGCGAGGGUGGCUUCGACGAUCAGGCCUUGGAGGACCCGCUGUCAGCAGCGAGCAGCUCCACCACCCUGGAGGGCUCCUUCAAGGAGAUGGCGGUUAAGCGGAACCGGCGGACGAGGAUCCCGGACAAGCCCAACUACAGCCUCAACCUCUGGAGCAUCAUGAAGAACUGCAUCGGCAAGGAGCUGUCCCGUAUCCCCAUGCCGGUGAACUUCAACGAGCCGCUGUCCAUGCUCCAGCGGCUGACCGAGGACCUGGAGUACCACGACCUUCUGGACCGAGCCUCCAAGUGCGAGAGCUCCCUGGAGCAGCUCUGCUACGUGGCGGCCUUCACCGUCUCCUCCUACUCCACCACCGUGUACCGCACCGGCAAACCCUUCAACCCCCUGCUGGGCGAGACCUUCGAGCUGGACCGGCUCGACGAGGAGGGCUUCCGCUCCAUCUGCGAGCAGGUGAGCCACCACCCCCCUGCGGCCGCCCACCACGUGGAGUCCAAGUGCGGCUGGACCCUGCGGCAGGAGAUCGCCAUCGCCAGCAAGUUCCGCGGGAAGUACCUCUCCAUCAUGCCCCUGGGCAGCAUCCACUGCACCUUCCACCAGAGCGGAAACCACUACACCUGGAAGAAAGUCACCACCACCGUCCACAACAUCAUCGUCGGCAAGCUCUGGAUCGACCAGAGCGGGGAAGUUGACAUCGUCAACAAGACCACAGGCGACAAGUGCCACUUGAAGUUUGCACCAUACAGCUAUUUCUCCCGGGACGUGGCUCGAAAGGUCACCGGAGUGGUCACGGACAGCACGGGCAAGGCGCACUACAUCCUGUCGGGGACCUGGGACGAGAAGAUGGACUACUCCCGCGUCCUGCAGAGCAGCAAGGGGGUGAACGGCACCGAGGGGCGGCAGAAGACCGUCUACGAGACCCUCCGGGGCAAGGAGUUGUGGAAGAGGCACAAGAUCCCGGAGCACGCUGAGUUGAUGUACUACUUCUCGGAGCUGGCCCUGACGCUGAACGAGCCCGAGGAGGGCAUUGCGCCCACCGACAGCCGCCUGAGGCCCGACCAGCGGCUGAUGGAGAACGGGCGCUGGGAUGAGGCCAACAUGGAGAAGCAGAGGCUGGAGGAGAAGCAGCGCGCGACGAGGAGGCGGCGGGAGGCGGAAUCCUGCCGCUCGGUGGAGGAGGGCCAGAGCCCGCUGGAGUCCACCUACCGGCCGCUGUGGUUCGAGAGGCACGAGGACCCGUACACCAAAGAGCAGGUUCACGUCUACAAGGGCGGCUACUGGGAGGCCAAGGAAAGACAGGACUGGGCCCAGUGCCCCGAGAUCUUCUGAGAUCCCCUGCCGUGUGCGUGCGUGCGUGCGUGUGUGUGUGUGUGUGUGUGCGCGUGCGUGUGUGUGCGUGCAGUUUGAGGGCCCCGGGCUCGGUCCGUUGCCGUCUGCCUGGGACGGGACCGACUUGGGUGGGGGGGGAGUGGGUGGCUCACCUUCCUGCUCGGUCUGGCCUCUCCUCGUCCUCCCUGCUCGGCGGGAGCCCUCACUUACCAGGGGGUGGGGGGGGUGUUUGUUUGGGUGUUUGGGGAAAAGUUGUCCUGGACAGGUCUGGCUUCCCCCCACCCCCUUCCCCUCAUCCUUUCAGCAGCCUCCUCCCUCCUCUCCCCUGGGUCCCAUUGCCCCUCCCUAUUUUCUCUGGGUCCAUCUCCUCCACCUCCCCCUCUGGGUCUCAGAGCUGCUCUGCUCUCCCCUGGGUCCUACUGCCCCCCUUGUUCCCGCUACCCCUUCCUCCCCCUCCUCCCCCCCCCCGAAGAUGUCAGCUGCCCCUCGGGGGGCAAUUCGGGGCGGAGGAUCCUGUUUGUGUGCCUCGUCCUGUCGUGGAAUCUUGGUGUGGUUUUUGGGGGGUGUGGGGUGGGGUGGGGGGGGGCCACUGAGGGGAGCGUUAAUCUGUGUGGGGCAGGUCCAUGGAUAGGGGAGCGUCUCCCCGUGGGAGAAGGCAGUCUCGCCCGGGUAUCAGGCUGGGGUCUGUACUGAGGGGGCGCAUCGCACUGAGAGUGGGCCGAGGGAGGAGGGAGCAGACUGCCCUCCUACUGGCGGUUUGCCCCCUUCUGAGAGACAGCAUGGUACAGGGUGCCUUUUGGGGGUGCGGGGGUGGGAGGCUGGACGUUAGCGAGCCCUCCCGAGGGGAGUGGAGGGUAGGGUGCAAGUUUUAAUCUCUCUUCCUGUCCCGGACCAAUAUUUAAUCUGCUGAGGGACGCCACUGUGAUCUUAUCCGGCCCGACGGGACUCGCGUUGCAGUGUGUGGGGUCUUUGCUGUGCACAGCCUGUCUGCUGCCUUUCUGACACUACCACGCCGAUUACACUUCAAUAAAGGAAAUUGUUGGCUGUU